UUGGAGGAGCAGCAGUGAUCACACGUCGGCUGCUGGAAAGAACUGGAUUCUCGUUUCAGGUCAUCAUCAGAAAAGCUAAGUUUGCUAUACAGUAAGGAUCAGGAGAUCUGACCCUGGUUGCAGAACCAUUCCUGGUUGCAGAAUACAGGGUUGUAUUCCCACUUCAUCUUUCCAGACCAUCCUAGGAAAUUACUAGGAAUCCUUGGAAGGGAAAGAAGGAACAUUGUUGGUUGGAAUAAAAACAGGGUUGAAUGAGUUCCAGAAAGCAGGCUUCUCAAACUCGUGGACAACAAGCUGCUGAAGAAGACAACUUUAAGAAACCAACCCGGAGCAAUAUGCAGAGAAGUAAGAUGAGAGGGGCUGCCUCAGGAAAGAAGUCAGCUGGUUCGCAGCCGAAGAAUCUCGAUCCAGCUCUGCCCGGAAGAUGGGGAGGUCGCUCUGCUGAGAACCCCCCUUCUGGUUCUGUGCGGAAGACCAGGAAGAACAAGCAGAAGGCUCCUGGCAACGGAGACGGUGGCAGUACCAGUGAAGUCCCCCAGCCCCCUCGGAAGAAAAGGGCACGAGCUGACCCCACUGUGGAGAGCGAGGAGGCCUUCAAGAGUAGGAUGGAGGUGAAGGUGAAGAUCCCUGAAGAAUUAAAACCAUGGCUGGUGGAGGACUGGGACUUGGUUACUAGGCAGAAGCAGUUGUUCCAGCUCCCUGCUAAAAAGAAUGUCGAUGCUAUUCUGGAGGAGUAUGCCAAUUGCAAGAAGUCGCAGGGAAAUGUUGAUAAUAAGGAGUACGCAGUUAAUGAAGUUGUAGGAGGGAUAAAAGAGUAUUUCAAUGUGAUGUUGGGCACUCAGCUGCUGUACAAGUUUGAAAGGCCUCAGUAUGCUGAGAUUCUGCUGGCUCACCCUGAUGCGCCAAUGUNGCAGAUCUAUGGGGCGCCACACCUACUGAGAUUAUUCGUGAGAAUUGGGGCAAUGCUGGCCUAUACGCCCCUUGAUGAGAAAAGCCUGGCAUUAUUGCUGGGCUAUCUGCAUGAUUUCCUUAAGUAUCUGGCAAAGAAUUCUGCCUCUCUGUUUACUGCCAGUGAUUACAAAGUGGCUUCUGCUGAC